AUGCCAACACGGGUUGAUACGCGGCUCGCCGCGCGGUUGUUGGAUUCCUCACUGAAGUACAUCUUAUCCGACAUCGACGGCGUUGUUGUCUCCGGCUCCGAAGUCAUCCCAGGCGCCCCCGAGGCCCUCCAUUACCUCCGCCGACAGGGCAAAGAGAUCCGCUUUCUCUCCAAUAACGCCUCACUCUCGCGGCGGGAGAUUCUCGAGAACUUCGAAAAGCACGGGAUCCGCGGGUUUACCGAGAAGGAGAUCUACAACAGCGGCUAA